AUGACUACUACAGUUAAUGUUACUCAAAAAAAGAACACAAAUUCUAACGCCCCACCUGGUGGGGUUCGUAAGAAAUCAGGACCAAAGUUCGAACUAUCUGAGGAACAGAGACGGGAUAUCAAAGAAGCUUUUGAUUUAUUUGAUACCGAGAAUACAGGAAAAAUAGAUACAAAAGAGUUAAAAGUUGCAAUACGGGCUCUAGGUUUUGAACCGAAAAAGGAGGAAAUAAAAAAAAUGAUAGCAGAAAUUGAUAAGGGUGAUGGCAAAGUCUCCUUUGACGAUUUCUUAGAUUUGAUGACUGUUAAAAUGGCUGAAAAGGAUACAAAAGAAGAAAUUAUGAAGGCUUUUAAAUUAUUUGAUGAUGAUGAGACAGGUAAAAUUUCAUUUAAGAAUUUAAAAAGAGUGGCCCGAGAGUUAGGAGAAAAUUUAACAGAUGAAGAACUGCAUGAAAUGAUUGAUGAAGCGGACAGAGAUGGUGAUGGGGAAAUAAAUCAGGAGGAAUUCUUACGUAUAAUGAAAAAAACUAGCCUAUAUUGA